AUGAGGGCGGCUAGGGUUUCGCCUCCUCCCUCCGACGAGCUCUCGGCCCGCCGACAAAAACCUCGGCCCUACAGCCCCACGGCGAGGUGCCCUCCCUCCGGCAGGCACUGGCAGCCGGCCCACGUCCACCAACUCCACGGCCAGGUCCUCGUCUCUGGCUGCCUCGGUGGCCUGUCGGCCUUCGCGCUCGUGCUGCUGCGGUGGGCGCCCUUCCUCCGGCGAGAUCCGUUCCUCCGACGAAUGGACAAGAAGAACAAAAGUGUUGCAAAAGCAGAUUGGGAUCCCCAUAGUACCACAAUUUUUUGCAAGCUUGCUGUUGAGGAGAUCCAUGCUGGUAAUAGACCUCUUGGUGGAUUGAAUGCAAGAGGUUAUCAGAGCUUGGGUCAGAAGUUUUUGGCUCAAACAAGGAGAAAUUACACUCAGAAGCAAUUAAAAAACCGUUGGGACAACCUGAAGAUCUUGUACACUUUUUGGAAAUCACUCUUGAACAAUACUGGGCUUGGGUGGAAUGCAGAAUUAGGGACAGUAUCAGCAAGUCAAGAAUUUUGGGAAGAGGCCACUAAGAGAGAGAAGAAGGCGUUGCGUUAUGGUCCACCAAAUAACCUCAAAGAAAUGGAGUUUAUGUUUGAGAGGAGUCAUGUAUCCGGUCUGUCUGCAUGCAUCCCAGGUGAAGAAGGCACUGGCAGCCACAUAAAUGUUGAUGAUGAGGAUGCGGAAGGUAUGGAGGAAGAUAUUGCACCCAUGAUGGCUGCUAGGACGCAGCAGAAGCGGAAGGGAAAUUCUAGUAGCCCAACGAAGAUUAGCCCAAGGAAGAAGGGGAAGAAUCCUAUGGUUAGGGUCAUGCCACGCAUGGUGGAUGAUGUCAUUAGCUCUAACUCGGUAACCUCAAAAGCAUUGACUGGUGACUACACUCGUCAGGCAAUUAGAGAGGUGAUGAAUUUGGCAAAAGAAGCUGGAGGAGUUGAAGGGAGUGAUGAGCAUUUUAUGGCUACAAAACUGUUUGUGAAAGCUGAAAAUCGUGAAAUAUUCCUCACUUUUGAGAUAAAUGAAGGGAGGCUCAAUUGGCUCAAGAGAUGCUACGAAGAAAGGAAGAAAUAA